AUCUCCCGGCGGGCCCAGCGCUGAAGGCGGUGGCGCGACGCCUUUGUGGAAGCCGGAGCCCACCGGGAGGAAGUUCCGGUCUCCGGGACGCUGGGUCCGUGGCGGCCGCUGAGGAGGAGGAGGAGCGGGCCGCGGGGGCUACGCUGCCUUGGUACUACCCUGCUAGAGUUUGGUAGGAAAAAGAUCUACUUACUGAAGCUUUCUUGACAUAGAAAGAGAUGUGGGGAGAUUCUCGAUCUGCUAACAGAACAGGACCUUUUCGUGGGAGCCAAGAAGAAAGGUUUGCUCCCGGGUGGAACAGGGACUAUCCUCCUCCUCCCCUUAAGAGCCAUGCUCAAGAGAGACACCCGGGCAACUUUCCUGGCAGAGAUUCACUUCCCUUUGAUUUCCAGGGGCAUUCAGGACCUCCCUUUGCAAAUGUAGAGGAGCAUUCUUUCAGCUAUGGAGCUAGAGAUGGACCACACGCUGACUAUCAAGGAGGGGAGGGACCUGGACAUGAUUUCAGAGGGGGAGAUUUUUCAUCUUCGGAUUUCCAGAGCAGAGAUUCAGCACAGUUGGACUUCAGGAAUAGGGACAUACAUUCUGGGGAUUUUCGGGAUAGAGAAGGACCACCUAUGGACUACAGGGGUGGAGAUGGUGCUCCUAUAGAUUAUAGAGGUAGGGAGACACCUCAUAUAAAUUACAGAGACAGGGACUCUCAUACUGCUGACUUCAGAAGUAGAGAUGCUCCUCCAUCUGACUUUAGGGGGCGGGGCGCUUAUGAUUUAGAUUUUAGAGGCCGAGAUGGAUCCCAUGCAGAUUUUAGGGGAAGAGAUUUAUCAGAUUUGGAUUUUAGAUCCAGAGAUCAGUCUCGUUCUGAUUUUAGGAACAGGGAUGUAUCUGACUUGGACUUCAGGGAUAAAGAUGGAGCACAGGUGGACUUCAGAGGCCGAGGUUCGGCCACUACUGACUUAGACUUUAGGAACAGGGAUGCGCCACACUCAGACUUCAGAGGUAGACAUCGUUCUAGGACUUACCAAGAUUUUAGGGGCAGAGAGGUAGGACCUUGUAUGGAAUUUAAAGAUAGGGAAAUGCCUCCUGUGGAUCCAAAAGUUUUGGAUUACAUUCAGCCUCCUGCACAAGAGAGAGAACAUUCUGGUAUGAAUAUGAACAAGAGAGAAGAAUCCACACAUGACCAUACAGUAGAAAGACCUGCUUUUGGUGUUCAGAAGGGAGAAUUUGAGCAUUCAGAAAUAAGAGAAGGAGAAACACAAAGUGGAACUUUUGAACAUGAAUCUCAAUCAGACUUUCAAAACAGCCAAAGUCCAGUGCAAGACCAAGAUAAGCCAAAGCUUUCUGGAGGUGAACAACAGAGUUCAGAUGCUGGUCUGUUUAAAGAAGAAGGUGAUUUGGACUUUCUUGGCCGACAAGACACAGAUUACAGAAGCAUGGAAUACUGUGAUGUGGAUCACAGGUUGCCAGGGAGCCAGAUUUUUGGCUAUGGCCAGAGCAAGUCUUUUCCUCAGGGCAAAAUGUCCAGAGAUGCCCAACAAGACCUUCAGGAUCAAGAUUAUAGGACUGGCCCAAGUGAGGAGAAACCUAACAGGCUUAUUCGAUUAAAUGGGGUGCCAGAAAAUGCCACAAAAGAAGAGAUUCUUAACGCCUUUCGGACGUCUGAUGGCUUGCCUGUAAAGGAGUUGCAGUUGAAGGAGUAUAGCACAGGUUACGACUAUGGCUAUGUCUGCGUGGAAUUUUCACUCUUGGAAGAUGCCAUCGGAUGCAUGGAGGCCAACCAGGGAACUCUAAUGAUCCAUGACAAAGAAGUCACUCUUGAAUAUGUACCAAGUCCAGAUUUUUGGUACUGCAAAAGAUGUAAGGCCAGCACUGGUGGGCAUCAGUCUUGUUGUUCAUACUGUAAGGGCCCAAAGGAAGAAGUCAAGCAAGAACUAGUAUCCUAUCCUCAACCUCAGAAAACAUCCAUUCCAGUACCCUCAGAAAAACAGCCCAACCAGCCACGACCUGCUGAUAAGGAGCAUGAACUCAGGAAGCGGGAGGAAGGCCAAGAGUCAAGAUUGGGACAUCAGAAGAGAGAGACAGAAAGAUACUUCCCUCACUCUCGAAGGGAAGGACUCACUUUCCGAAGAGACCGAGAAAAGGAGUCAUGGUCUGGAGAGACACGCCAGGAUGGAGAGAGCAAAACAAUUAUGCUAAAACGUAUCUAUCGUUCUACUCCACCCGAAGUGAUAGUUGAAGUGCUGGAGCCCUACGUGCAUCUCACUACUGCCAAUGUCCGUAUCAUCAAGAACAGAACUGGCCCCAUGGGUCACACUUAUGGUUUUAUAGACCUCGACUCACAUGCAGAAGCUCUUCGAGUAGUGAAGAUUUUGCAGAACCUCGAUCCACCGUUUAGCAUCGAUGGGAAGAUGGUAGCUGUAAACUUAGCCACUGGAAAACGAAGAAAUGAUUCUGGGGACCAUUCUGACCACAUGCAUUAUUAUCAGGGUAAAAAAUAUUUCCGAGAUAGAAGAGGAGGAAAUAGAAAUUCAGAUUGGUCCUCAGAUACAAAUCGACAAGGGCAGCAGUCAUCAUCUGACUGCUACAUAUAUGAUUCUGCUACUGGCUACUAUUAUGACCCCUUGGCAGGAACUUACUAUGACCCCAACACCCAGCAAGAAGUCUAUGUGCCCCAGGAUCCUGAGUCACCUGAGGAAGAAGAGAUCAAGGAAAAGAAAUCUACCAGUCAAGGAAAGUCAAAUAGCAAGAAGGAAACGUCUAAAAGAGAUGGCAAGGAGAAAAAAGACAGAGGAGUGACAAAGUUUCAAGAAAGUACCAGUGAGGGGAAGCCUCCCCCAGAAGACGUUUUUAAGAAGCCCCUGCCUCCUACUGUGAAAAAGGAAGAGAGUCCUCCUCCUCCUAAGGUGGUAAACCCAUUAAUUGGUCUCCUGGGUGAAUAUGGAGGAGACAGUGACUAUGAGGAAGAAGAGGAAGAGGAGCAGGCCCCUCCUGUGCAGCCUCGAGCAGCACAGCCUCAGCCUCGAGAGGAGCUGACCAAGAAAGAGAAUGAAGAAGACAAACUCACUGACUGGAAUAAACUGGCUUGUCUGCUCUGCAGAAGGCAGUUUCCCAAUAAAGAAGUUCUUACAAAGCAUCAGCAGCUCUCAGACCUGCACAAGCAAAACCUGGAAAUUCAUCGGAAAAUAAAACAAUCAGAGCAAGAGCUAGCCUAUCUGGAGAGGAGAGAACGGGAGGGAAGGUUUAAAGAAAAAGGAAAUGACCGAAGGGAAAAACUACAGUCUUUUGAUUCUCCAGAAAGGAAACGGAUUAAAUACUCCAGGGAAACAGACAGUGAUCGAAACCCUGUUGAUAAAGAAGACACUGACACUAGUAGCAAAGGAGGCUGCGCCCAGCAGGCCACUGGCUGGAGGAAAGGGGCAGGCCUGGGAUAUAGCCAUCCUGGAUUGGGUUCAUCAGAGGAGAUUGAAGGGCGGAUGAGAGGGUCUGGGGGUGCCCCAGGAAGAACCAGCAAGAGACAGUCUAAUGAGACUUACAGAGAUGCUGUUCGAAGAGUUAUGUUUGCUCGAUACAAAGAACUCGAUUAAGAGUGGAAACACCCCACAGGAUACAAUUUCCUCUUUGUUUUGUUUGUCCAUCUCUCCUUUUGUUUUGUUACUGUUCUUGCUGCUAGAACUUUUUUAAAUAAACUUUUUUCAAUGUGAA